CUUUGAUGUUUUCCCUCCAAAAUUCACUCUCUCUUCGUUUCGGGUUAUGUAACAUCGAUAUCCAAUAGUUACUUAGUCACGUGUAGAAAUGUUGACCUUGAUUUUCUUCCCUUGUUUCCAUGCCAUCAGGAGCAACUGCCUAUCUUAGGCGCUGUGAUUGGAUACAGCAGGGGUAGCAGGGGCUUAUGCUGCACCGCCCUCUGCCGCUGGGUGUCGCCGUUGCGCAGCGGGACCUCUUGACGCUUUGACGUCCAGCGCUCUUUGGUUUCUGGUCUAAGUUUGUUUCCGGAUGUUCGGCUGGUGUCGUGGAAAAAAUAAUAAUGGCUGCGAUGUUUACGUGUUGUCUAGGCUGCUGCGGAGAUGGCGGAUCGGGGCAUAUUCCCCUCAAAGAAAUGCCCACAGUUCAGUUAGAUACUCAUCACAUGGGCACAGAUGUUGUCAUUGUAAAGAGCGGCCGAAGGAUAUGUGGAACCGGAGGCUGCCUGGCCAACGCUCCUUUGCACCAGAACAAAAGUUAUUUUGAGUUUAAGAUCCAGUCCACUGGUGUGUGGGGGGUAGGUGUGGCAACCCAGAAAGUGAAUCUCAACCAAGUGCCUAUGGGCAGAGACACAAACAGCCUAGUCCUGAGGCACGAUGGCUCCAUUUACCACAAUAAUGAAGAGAAGAAUCGUCUACCCGCUAACAGCAUUCCUCAGGAGGGGGAUAUUGUGGGAAUCACAUAUGACCACGUGGAGCUGAAUUUAUAUCUGAACGGAAAGAACAUGCAUUGUCCUGCCUCAGGGAUCCGAGGCACUGUAUACCCUGUUGUUUAUGUGGAUGACAGUGCCAUCUUAGACUGCCAGUUUAAUGACUUCUAUCACACUCCUCCACAAGGAUUUGAGAAGAUCCUCUUUGAACAACAAAUCUUCUAAAGGAGCACUUCGGCCUCAGCCCCUCUAUAUGUUGUCGCCCUCCUCUAUAUCUCUUAGCAACCUCUGUAUCACUACAGUUUGACCUUAACUGGUAGUAUCAUUAUGCGUGGCUUGGAGGCAUCUUGUUUCGUUCCCCCUGUUUACUCUCUCUCUACUGCUGCUCUGGAUUGACUUUAGAGUACCCAUGAAGAAGUGGGGAUUUCUCUUCCUUGUUCGAC